UUGAGGAAUGGCGUGGUGAGGUAGUGGAGUGGAUGCUUCAACAACAAACAUUCUUAUUCUCUUCUCAGCAUAAAUCUCCUACCUGAACAAGUGCACAGACACUUUCCUUGUCUUUUCUGGUGUUUGUUUGGGGCAGCCAUGGAAAUGUGUUGGCAGAUACAGAGACCGGCGAGUCUCAGACUGGUGUUCCAUCAAAAGGGUCCGCUCAAGAUCAAUACUUGUAUUGGUUUUCUCCAUCCUCACCCCAAAUCUUACUCCUUUUCCAGUCUUGCUUCGUUGGAAAGUCAAUACAACUCAAAUGGGUUUCUGCAUCAGAUCACGGCAAGUGCAGAUUUUUCAAGGAAGAAGCAAGGGAGAAUGGCAGCUUCAGGGCCCAAAAGUUCAUCUCCAAGAGGCCUUGGGCGACGAACAACGGUGGGAAGUGCUCAGAAAAAAACUCCCAAGAAGAACGGUGAAAAAGAUAGCAAUGCAACUUCUACAGUAACAAAUGAGGUUUUAGAGAUCAGUAAGUUGCCAGGAGCUAAAGCGGAUGUGGAGAAACAAAGUUCUGUUGUUUUCGGUGAGAGGAAUGUGUUAGAUAGGUCGGAAACUGAGGUUGACGCUUUAUUAGAACUAAAGUUAAAAGCUGAAAGAGAGAAUCUUCGUAGGAAGGAAAUAGAAGCGCUUGCGGAGGAAACUUUGGCGAGAGGUGAUAGAAUGUUUGUAUAUCCUCUUACUGCGAAGCCUGAUGAAGACAUAGAAGUGUUUCUCAACAUAACUCUAUCAACUCUGAACAAAGAGCCAGAUGUUUUGAUCAUGGGGGCGUUCAACGACUGGAGAUGGAAAUCUUUCACGAGGAGAUUGGAAAAGACAUGGAUCAAUGGAGAUUGGUUGUCAUGUCUCCUUCACAUCCCUAAAGAAGCAUAUAAGAUUGAUUUUGUGUUUUUCAAUGGGCAAAGUGUUUAUGACAACAAUGACUCAAAAGAUUUCUGUAUAGAUGUAAAAAAUGGGAUGGAUAAAGUAGAGUUUGAGAAUUUUCUUCUAGAAGAGAAGUGGAGAGAGCAAGAGAAGCUAGCUAAGGAAGAAGCUGAGAGGGAAAGGCAAGAGGAAGAGAAGAGAAGAAUCGAAGCUCGAAAAGCUGCUAUUGAAGCUGAUAGAGAACAAGCAAAGGCGGAGACUCAGAAGAGACGUGAGAUGCUUCAUCAGGCUCUUGAGAAAGCUGUAGUCUCGGCUAGGAAUGUAUGGUACAUUGAGCCAAAGAAUUUCAAAGGUGAAGAUAAAGUGAAGCUAUAUUACAACAAAAGGUCUGGUCCUCUGGCUAAUGCCAAAGAAAUCUGGAUACAUGGAGGGUUUAAUAGUUGGGUCGAUGGUUUAUCUAUCGUUGAAAAGCUUGUUGAUGCUGAGCUUAAGGAUGAUUCAAAGAACGGAGACUGGUGGUUCGCUGAAGUCAUAGUGCCGGUCCGUGCUCUAGUCAUUGACUGGGUCUUUGCUGAUGGACCACCUGAAGGAGCGUUUCUGUAUGACAAUAAUAGUCGCAAAGAUUUCCACGCACUUGUUCCUCUAACAACUCCAGAAGAAGCUUACUGGUCAGAGGAAGAAGAUCGAAUGUUUAGGAAACUUCAGGAGGAGAGGAGGUUAAAAGAGGAAGCUAUGCGUGUCAAGAUGGAGAAAACAGCUCGUUUGAAAGCCGAAACUAAGGAACGAACACUUAAAAUGUUUCUGCUUUCCCAGAAGGACGUGGUUUACACCGAGCCGUUAGAGAUUCAAGCGGGAAGCCCUGUGACAGUUUUGUACAAUCCUUCAAACACUGUUUUGAACGGAAAGCCUGAGGUUUGGUUUAGAGGCUCUUUUAAUCGUUGGACUCAUCGCUUGGGUCCUUUGCCUCAGAAAAUGGAAGCAGCAGAUGAUGGAAGCUCACACUUGAAGACUUCUGCUAAGGUCCCAUUGGAUGCUUACAUGAUGGACUUUGUUUUCUCCGAGAAAGAAGAUGGUGGAAUGUUUGAUAACAAAGAUGGUUUGGAUUACCACUUACCUGUCGUGGGAGGUAUUGCCAAGGAACCACCAUUGCACAUUGUUCAUAUUGCUGUUGAAAUGGCACCCAUUGCAAAGGUUGGAGGCUUAGGUGAUGUUGUCACUAGUCUAUCUCGCGCUGUUCAAGAACUAAGCCAUAAUGUGGAUAUCAUCUUUCCAAAGUAUGAUUGCAUAAAGUACAACUUUGUGAAAGACUUGCAAUUCAACAGAAGCUAUCACUGGGGAGGAACAGAAAUAAAAGUCUGGCAUGGGAAGGUGGAAGGCGUUUCUGUUUACUUCUUAGAUCCGCAAAACGGAUUGUUUCAGCGAGGAUGUGUUUACGGUUGCGCAGAUGAUGCAGGAAGAUUUGGUUUCUUCUGUCACGCUGCUCUUGAGUUCCUUCUUCAAGGAGGCUUUCAUCCAGACAUUCUUCACUGCCACGACUGGUCCAGUGCUCCAGUUUCAUGGCUGUUCAAGGAUCAUUACACUCAUUACGGUUUGAUCAAAACUCGCGUUGUCUUCACAAUCCAUAAUUUGGAAUUUGGGGCAGGUGCCAUUGGUAAAGCCAUGACAUUUGCAGAUAAAGCGACUACGGUGUCACGAACGUAUGCCAAGGAAGUAGCUGGAAACUCUGUAAUCUCACCACAUUUAUACAAGUUCCACGGGAUAGUAAACGGUAUCGACCCUGAUAUCUGGGAUCCGUACAACGAUAACUUCAUACCCGUGCCUUAUACUUCAGAGAACGUGUUAGAAGGCAAAAGAGCAGCAAAGGAAGAAUUGCAAAAGAGGCUUGGACUAAAGAGUGCUGAUCUUCCGUUAGUUGGAAUCAUUACGCGCUUAACUCACCAGAAAGGAAUACAUUUGAUCAAGCACGCUAUUCGGCGUACCUUGGAACGCAAUGGGCAGGUUGUGUUGCUAGGUUCAGCUCCGGAUCCUCGGAUCCAAAAUGAUUUUGUUAAUUUGGCUAACCAGUUGCAUUCUACUCACGGUGACCGUGCUCGGCUUGUUCUAACCUACGAUGAACCUCUUUCCCAUUUGAUAUACGCAGGGGCUGACUUUAUUCUUGUACCGUCGAUAUUUGAGCCGUGUGGACUGACACAGCUCAUAGCCAUGAGGUACGGCUCUGUUCCUGUCGUAAGAAAAACUGGAGGACUCUAUGACACGGUUUUUGAUGUGGACCAUGAUAAAGAAAGAGCACAAGCACAAGUUCUAGAACCUAAUGGCUUCAGCUUCGACGGGGCUGAUGCUCCUGGUGUGGAUUAUGCUCUCAAUAGGGCGAUAUCGGCUUGGUACGAUGGGAGAGAGUGGUUUAACUCACUGUGUAAGACGUUGAUGGAGCAAGACUGGUCAUGGAAUCGUCCUGCACUUGAGUACAUUGAGCUCUAUCACUCUGCCCGCAAGUGAGAAAAAAAGGAAAGUAUAAAUUAUCUUUGUAAAUUACUAGCUUUUGAUCCUUUCUUCUUCUGUUAUCAUCAUAUGGAUUCUGCUUUUGUAAUUCUGAAUAAAAUAAAGCUAAUCAAAGUUUGUUUAUUAUGCA